CUCGAAAACAUUUAAAGCCAAACUACAUCAGGGUGGUGUGAAGUGGUUGACGGGAUUAAUUGUCAUUCAUACGAUAGCGAAGGUGGCAAGUUAUGUUUUAAGAUGAUGAAUCGCGCGAAAAAAAGUAAUCACCAGGGCAGCCAGCGUAGUAAGGACGCCAAAGCGGCCCGACACGGAGUGGGUGCAGGUGCGAACGUGGGUCCGGCGAAACCAUCUUUGGCUCAGACGGCCCCUCAACCAGCUGCGUGCGUUCCGGGUCAACCGACGGCCCUCACUGUCAGUUCCAGUGGAGGUGGACGAGCGAAAAAAAUGAAACAAAGUGCUACGAGCAAAAAUGUUACUGCAGCUGCAGCUGCUGUUGGUGGUGGUGGAGCGAAUCGGCGGGCACGUGCCACUGGGAAGGAAACGAUGGCGCCCAAGGCCCACAGUUCAACUCGGUCCGAGUCAAACUCUGACGAUGGCGUUGGAGGCCUGGCCUCGGUGUCGGAGCAGUCGGUCGCACCGAAAAUGGAACGAUCGAACAGUUUCUUUCUGACGCGCAAACUCUCCAGUCUAGUAAGCAAGCUAAGCGGAAGCCGCGAGAAUAUGGCCACCACCAACGCGGUGUCUCCAGUUGCCGAAGCGCAACCUUUCCAGUUUGUACGCAGUCGUAGCAUGUCCUCGAUACAGUUGAAACGGGCGUAUCGACGCAGCCAGAAUGAAUCGACACUGCAGAACCUACACGAGGACGCCAUACUGGAGCGAUCGGAGAGCACAGAAGAAACGACGCAAGCCGCAACUUCGGAAGGUCCCUUGGUUCCAACAACGCCGGAAAUCACACCACCACCCAUACCACGAUUUGAGCGAUCGAACAGCAUUCUGGCUUCGAUAAGGCGUAAAAUAAGUUUCCGGUCCGAAAGGCGAUCCUCGAACGUAUCGAACUGGAGUACUUCACUGCAAAAUCUACGCCAGGAGGACUUUAUGAUCAGCUACGAUGAUUUGAGCUUCAUCGAUUAUGAUCAGUUUAAUAGCUAUGAGUCGAACCUUCUUAAACGACAGCCAAGUCACGUGCUGGAUUCUAAUGCAAAAGGCUCAUUUGUGGAAAAUUCUACGAGCAGCUCUACCCAAUCUGGAAUCGUUACGAAUGCGCAGAACCUACAAAGUUCGCCAAUAAUCGCUGAAGCCACCAACAGUGGUGUCGUUCGACGGAGACGAAAAAAUGACACUCUUCUGCGAACGACGCUCAUCCGCAAAAGUAUGGACGUGGAGAGCAACCUCGACCGCGGUAAGAACGUGUACCGAAACAGUUUGGACGCGGAGAAGCUGUUGUGCAUCAGCAACGUGAACCGGAAGUCUUUCCGAUGGAGUGCGGACGUUGAGCGGGAUGUAGUUGCGUUAGAUCUAGACAGUGUCGGCUUUGCCGCGGCUAAACCGCUGGCUGAAUUAGCUGGCAAUCGGCAUACUCCGCCACCAGUGUAUGAUGUGUGUGAUAGUGGCAUGAUCGACGGGAGUGAAAGUGUCAAAUUAUGUGCGAUGGCCGAUGCUAGUGAUAAGGCGGGAAGUAGUGUGGGAUACGUUAGCCGUAGUGAAAGUUUGAAACGAUGCCGAUCAUACGGGGGUGAGCAUGGAUCCGCUUUCGAGGAAGGAUUCGGACAUCUCGUCAAACCAGUUCAGAUGAAAUCUUUGAGCCUUACCCACCUGGAUGAGAUCGAGCGUCAAGCCACGACACCGACGAUUAUCACAAACGAUUCACAUAUAAGAAAGAGUGAUAAUUCCGACACGUCCAAUACAUCGAUUGCAUCCGCAAGCGGCUCUGCCGGGUAUGGCGGUAACACCGUGUCUGGUGGAUCGUCCACCCAUGCCGUGUCGCCUAAGGAUGUCUGUCUGACGGUUACCUCGGGCAGUGCGCUGAUCGACAUCAGCAACAGUGACGGCGGAUGCAUCAAUCCAGCCUACGACAACGGGGACGGGGGCCAUCGUCACCAACAGACGAAUGACGGCAUCUGCAUCACUGAUGUGGACGCCCGAAUCAGCCCAAACCAGGAGAGCACAGACAAGGGCCACGAAUGUCAAGGGCCUGGAACGUGCUGUAUGCUCUCGUCACCGUCCUGCGCUAAGGCUACCCAAAACUAUUCGAGUAAGCUAAGCGGAACCAGUUCGACGUCAUCUUCUCUGAAAAAGAAAUCCUCCUCUUUCCUGCACCGGGAACGCAAGAAGCCGGUUCUCACGCGCAGCCAAGUUUCCAGCUCCGAAUACUUCUCUGUCUGCUUCGAGGGCGAUCACAAUGAUCCAGGCGUUCUAAUUCCGGCCACCAAAGGAGUACGACUUGCUGAAUGUUUACGUGCCUCACUCACACGCCGCAGCUUGAGUUUCUCACAAAUUUAUGUUACCGACAAUGGCUUCAACAAUCCGCACGAAACAGGCGUACGGUAUACGGAACCGCUGGACGCUAACAUGGACAUCUCCGCACUGGCGGGUCGUACGCUAAUCGUAUCGGAGCGCGACGGAACGUCGAAUCGGCGCACCGGCGGGCACCUUACCCUGCAGAAGGCGGCCUCCGUAGGCAACCAGCCGUCGAUCGUGUCGUCCACCAACAAACUGUUUACCUCCACCUCCACGGACGACAACUAUGACCAAAGCCCCAAAGCAUCGUCAGCUUCUAGCAAGCAAUCGAAGCAAAAAUGGACAAUACCAUUUGGAUCGAAGGGACCACAAAAAUCGAAGCUUUGCGAGCUGCUGGAUAGCUACAACAAAGAAAUUCCCAAAUCGACGUCUUCCUCCAGCAAUUUCAAUAACCCCGAGUAUGUAGACGCUUUAGUUGGCCUUAGGAACUUACCUCAAUGUUGGACGGAGAUCGUAAACUCUGGCGGGAUGAGCGAAGCGGAAACGAAAAUUCAAUCCGCUAUCUGGGAACUGGUGACGACCGAAGUAUACUACAUUCUCGCUCUACAAACGGUAACAGAUCUUUUUCUCGCGUGUUUAGAAGACAUUCAAUCUCAAAACAUUCUUACGGAUGUGGAUCAGAACAAGCUAUUCUCCAACAUACGUGACAUCUGGGAGGCUAAUCUACGCUUUUGGACACUGUACCUUCACCCAAUGGUAAAACACAGCCAACGGACGAAAGAACCGAUGAGUAUUUACUACUUCCAAAGAGGCUUCGUCGAUUUCGCUAACAUCUUCACACCCUACACUAAGUACUGCGCCGAGCAGAGCACCUGUCAAUACUACUGCAAGGAGAUGUACCACAACAAUCCGCUUUUCAUGACCUACUGUGCCUGGUGCGAAUCGCAAAAGAUGUGCAAUCGGUUGCGACUAGCCGACAUUCUGGUGCGUCCAAUGCAACGGCUAACCAAGUACGGGCUAUUGCUGGCGGCCAUCAAGAAACAUAUCAACGACGAGGCAGAAGGCGAAGCAAUAGAUGCCAUGAUACAUUCGGUGGAAGAAUUUGUCGCCGGUGUAAAUUCCCAUCUAACGACGCGACAAGAAAGCGAGCGUCUGAAAGGAAUAAAUGCCAGAAUCGACAGCUACGAGGUGGUCGACGUUAACAACGAGACAUUGGAUCGUAUGGUCAAGCAGCACAGCAUCAUGUUCGACCUCUGCCUGCCGAUGCGCGGUAUUGACCAUGGACGCAAAGUGUUCGUAGAGGGAGAUUUGAAGUACAAGGAUAGUACUGGAAAGAUGGAUGUGCAUUGUUUCCUGUUUACAGACUUUUUAUUAAUUUGCAAAAAGAAUAAGAACGAUAAGUUAAAGAUCGUUCGCCAACCGUAUAUGACGGACCGGUUAACGACACAGCUUAAGGAUCAAACCAUUUACUGUUGCUAUGUGAAUGAGCUCAACAUGGUGAUUACAGCAUUCACGCUGCAAAGUCCCAAAGCCCAACAUUGGUACGAUUCCAUUACAAAAGUAAAACAUAUUUACAAUCGCAUGAAACAAGGAACGUUCGGAGAUGUGCGACAGUACGGCAAUAUCAUCAACAUCAGUAACAGUUGCAACAACUCCACCAGCAACAGCAAUAUGAACAUCAACAACGAUAAUCUAAGCAUCAAAAAGUCACCACUCAACAGCUCCAUCGGUAGCCGUGUGAGCAGUCUGAACAACAGUCACAGCGGAUCGGUCGAUCUGAACGAAUCGAAGCAGGUGUCUAUAGAUUUCGAGAAAACCAACUCCCUGUCGAGCGAUGAAGGUGCCGGCGUUGGAAGCACUAUGGCUGGCAGUGGGCUUGUCAUGAUGCAUUCGAAAUUUGGUCCGGGUAGCAGCCGCAAGCCCAAAACUACCGUCUGCACCAUGCAAACCAAAUCCUCCAACUCGUUGACUGUGCAACCGUACAGUGGGCUGGGUCAGAGCAUGCCCAACUUAAACUUGAAUUCAAUUCAAAACAGCAAUACUCUCUCGGUGCCAGGAGCAUCCAAUACUUCAUCCCAUUCCGGAAUGGUUUUGCUUUCUCCAAGCCAACGGGGCAUUUCAUAUCCUCCUCCAUCCCCUACCAGGGCAACGCUGCGCCGCGGGUUCGCAUUCUCUACGUCAAUCAAAAACCCACCGUUAAUCAAGACACGCAACGUAUCCUCACAGCAAAGUUUCACGCUAUCGCAGCAGCAAAGCUUCAACUCGGCUUCAUUCGGCCAACAUCAACAGGGCCUACCGUCGGCGUCCAGCAUGUCAAACAGCGCUACCAACCCGGCCGGCACCAACCCAACAAACGAGACCGGGGGAGCUGGUCUUUCGUUGUCUUCGGCGAACGUAUCGUUUUUCAAGCGUAAAAAUAGCUUCCAGAGUGUACCGAACAACAGCGCCACGACCAGCAUGGACCAAAGUUUGCCGAACGAAACCUAAGCAAUAAUCCGUUCAACUCGAUUC